AGCAGGGGCAGGAGCCCGCGGGGCCCGGAGGCUCCAGAGGGCGGCGGGCCGGGGAGGAGGAGACGCGCGAGGAGCAGAGCGCAGGCUCCGCCGCGGCCCGGGCGCUCCGGCCGAGCCAGCCCAGCGGGCGGACCCACGGGGAGGAGGCGCCGGCGCGCGCGGCCCCCAGCAGCUGCCCGCGGAGCAGCCGCCGACGCGCGGGGCCGCGGACCCAGCCUUCGCCGCCUGGCCGGGCAUGAGCGCGGAGGGGCCGCGGCCGCCCCCUGCACCGCCCGGCGCGCUAAGGCCGUGACCGGAGCGGGGGGCGCGGCCGCACUCGAACCCCGGAGCCCAUGGGCGCGCCGAGCCGGGCGCGGGGGCGCUGAGCGGCGGAGCGGGCGCGGCCGGAGGAGCCAUGGACUGCAGCCUCGUGCGGACGCUCGUGCACAGAUACUGUGCAGGAGAAGAGAACUGGGUGGACAGCAGGACCAUCUACGUGGGGCACAGGGAGCCACCUCCGGGCGCAGAGGCCUACAUCCCACAGAGGUACCCAGACAACAGGAUCGUCUCUUCCAAGUACACAUUUUGGAACUUUAUACCCAAGAAUUUAUUUGAACAAUUCAGAAGAAUAGCCAACUUUUAUUUCCUUAUCAUAUUUCUGGUGCAGUUGAUCAUCGACACGCCCACAAGUCCGGUAACAAGUGGACUCCCCCUCUUCUUUGUCAUUACCGUCACGGCUAUCAAACAGGGUUAUGAAGACUGGCUUCGACAUAAGGCAGACAACGCCAUGAACCAGUGUCCCGUUCAUUUCAUCCAGCACGGCAAGCUCGUCCGGAAGCAGAGCCGAAAGCUGCGGGUUGGGGACAUUGUCAUGGUCAAGGAGGACGAGACGUUUCCCUGCGACUUGAUCUUCCUUUCCAGCAACCGGGGAGAUGGGACGUGCCAUGUCACAACCGCCAGCUUGGAUGGAGAAUCCAGCCAUAAGACGCAUUAUGCCGUGCAGGACACAAAAGGCUUCCACACGGAGGAGGAUAUCGACGGGCUCCACGCCACCAUCGAGUGUGAGCAGCCCCAGCCCGACCUCUACAAGUUCGUGGGUCGCAUCAACGUUUACAGUGACCUGAAUGACCCUGUGGUGAGGCCCUUAGGAUCUGAAAACUUGCUGCUUAGAGGAGCCACACUGAAGAACACGGAGAAAAUCUUCGGUGUGGCUAUCUACACGGGCAUGGAAACCAAGAUGGCACUGAAUUAUCAGUCGAAAUCGCAGAAGCGGUCUGCCGUGGAAAAAUCCAUGAAUGUGUUCCUCAUCGUGUACCUCUGCAUCCUGAUCAGCAAGGCCCUGAUAAACACUGUCCUGAAGUAUGUGUGGCAGAGCGAGCCCUUCCGGGAUGAGCCAUGGUAUAAUCAGAAAACGGAGUCGGAAAGACAGAGGAAUCUGUUUCUCAAGGCCUUCACAGACUUCCUGGCCUUCAUGGUCCUCUUCAACUACAUCAUCCCCGUGUCCAUGUACGUCACGGUCGAGAUGCAGAAAUUCCUUGGCUCUUACUUCAUCACCUGGGACGAAGACAUGUUUGAUGAGGAGACCGGCGAGGGGCCGCUGGUGAACACGUCAGACCUCAACGAAGAGCUGGGACAGGUGGAGUACAUCUUCACAGACAAGACCGGCACCCUCACAGAGAACAACAUGGAGUUCAAGGAGUGCUGCAUCGAAGGCCACGUCUACGUGCCGCACGUCAUCUGCAACGGGCAGGUCCUCCCAGACGCCUCAGGGAUUGACAUGAUCGACUCGUCCCCCAGUGUCAGCGGGAGGGAGCGCGAGGAGCUGUUUUUCCGGGCCCUCUGUCUCUGCCACACGGUCCAGGUGAAAGACGAUGACAACGUGGAUGGCCCCAGAAAGUCGCCAGACGGGGGGAAGUCCUGCGUGUACAUCUCAUCCUCACCCGACGAGGUGGCGCUGGUCGAAGGUGUCCAGAGACUUGGCUUUACAUACCUGAGGCUAAAGGACAAUUACAUGGAGAUACUGAACAGGGACAACGGCGUGGAAAGGUUUGAAUUGCUGGAAAUUUUGAGUUUUGACUCAGUAAGAAGAAGAAUGAGUGUCAUUGUGAAAUCUGCUGAAGGAGACAUUUAUCUGUUUUGCAAAGGAGCAGAUUCUUCUAUAUUCCCCCGAGUGAUAGAAGGCAAAGUUGACCAGAUACGAGCCAGAGUGGAGCGGAACGCAGUGGAGGGGCUCCGGACUUUGUGCGUGGCCUAUAAAAGGCUGAUCCCAGAAGAAUAUGAAGGCGUCUGUCAACUGCUGCAGGCUGCCAAGGUGGCCCUUCAAGAUCGAGAGAAGAAGUUAGCAGAAGCGUACGAGCAGAUUGAGAAAGAUCUUAUUCUGCUUGGUGCUACAGCUGUUGAGGACCGGCUGCAGGAGAAAGCUGCAGACACCAUCGAGGCCCUGCAGAAAGCGGGGAUCAAGGUCUGGGUUCUCACGGGAGACAAGAUGGAGACGGCCGCGGCCACGUGCUACGCCUGCAAGCUCUUCCGCAGGAACACGCAGCUGCUGGAGCUCACCACCAAGAGGAUCGAGGAGCAGAGCCUGCACGACGUCCUGUUCGAGCUGAGCAAGACGGUCCUUCGCCACAGCGGGAGCCUGACCAGGGACACCUUCUCCGGACUUUCAGCAGAUAUGCAGGACUACGGUUUAAUCAUCGACGGAGCGGCACUGUCUCUGAUCAUGAAGCCUCGAGAAGACGGGAGUUCCGGCAACUACAGGGAGCUCUUCCUGGAAAUCUGCCGCAGCUGCAGCGCGGUGCUCUGCUGCCGCAUGGCGCCCUUGCAGAAGGCCCAGAUUGUCAAAUUAAUCAAAUUUUCAAAAGAGCACCCAAUCACCUUAGCAAUUGGCGAUGGUGCGAAUGAUGUCAGCAUGAUUCUGGAAGCGCACGUGGGCAUAGGUGUCAUCGGCAAGGAAGGCCGCCAGGCGGCCAGAAACAGCGACUAUGCAAUUCCGAAGUUUAAGCAUUUGAAGAAGAUGCUGCUUGUUCACGGGCAUUUUUAUUACAUCAGGAUAUCUGAGCUCGUGCAGUACUUCUUUUAUAAGAACGUCUGCUUCAUCUUCCCCCAGUUUUUAUACCAGUUCUUCUGUGGGUUUUCACAACAGACUUUGUACGACACCGCGUAUCUGACCCUGUACAACAUCAGCUUCACCUCCCUCCCCAUCCUCCUGUACAGCCUCAUGGAACAGCACGUCGGCAUCGAGGUGCUCAAGAGAGACCCGACCCUGUACAGGGACAUCGCCAAGAACGCACUGCUGCGCUGGCGCGUGUUCAUCUACUGGACGCUCUUGGGACUGUUUGAUGCGCUGGUGUUUUUCUUUGGUGCUUAUUUCAUGUUUGAAAACACAACCGUGACGAGCAAUGGGCAGAUAUUUGGAAACUGGACGUUUGGGACGCUGGUGUUCACUGUGAUGGUGUUCACGGUCACACUAAAGCUUGCAUUAGACACACACUACUGGACUUGGAUCAACCAUUUUGUCAUCUGGGGGUCACUGCUGUUCUACAUCGUCUUUUCACUUCUCUGGGGAGGAGUGAUCUGGCCGUUCCUCAACUACCAGAGGAUGUACUACGUGUUUAUCCAGAUGCUGUCCAGCGGGCCCGCCUGGCUGGCCAUCGUGCUGCUGGUGACUGUCAGCCUCCUUCCCGACGUUCUCAAGAAAGUGCUGUGCCGGCAGCUGUGGCCGACGGCAACGGAGAGAGUCCAGACUAAGAGCCAGUGCCUUUCUGUCGAGCAGUCAACCAUCUUUAUGCUUUCUCAGACUUCCAGCAGCCUGAGUUUCUGACGGAACAAGCAGAAUGGGUGCGCACAGCCUUGGGACCGAGACUCAGAAUUCACCCCUCUUGCCUCUCUGCAGAGCCCAGGCUACCAGAGCACCUGUCCCUCGGCUGCCUGGAGCGGCUCCAGGCCUCAGCGGGUGACGCUCGCGGUCUGGAAGGGGAAGGUGUCCGCGGAGCCCCCACCCACCCCCAGCUGUUCCCAUCACUGCUACAGUUCCAGCCCAAGGCAUGGCUGCCCUGGGUCCCUCGUGGGAAUGCUCGUGUGAUGGGCGACCCCAAGCCUGUGGAGACUGUGCUUGUGCCUCUUCCUGGCCCCCAGCAGGCAAGGAGGGGCCACAGGCCUUGCCUCAAGCGUGGCCGUUGGCCAUCUGGACUAGCGCUGUGGUGGUUCAGCCACAGUGGUGGCCUCCAGGCAUUCAGCUCAACUCAGAAGGGACAUUCUGCUGGCCCACCCUGCACGCUGUCAAGAAGAGGCUGUGCCCCCAGGCCUGUGUCUUCACGCACCUGCCGUCAUCAGCCUUUGCUGUCACUGGGAGAGAAGAGCCAUCCAGGGACCUGUGGUGGCCCACGUGUGGACGCUGCCCACUGCUGUGUCCUGCUUGCCUGGCCGCCACCCAUGCCCUCCGUAGGGCAAGGUGAAGCUGUAGCAGUACGUCCUUUACCCAAGAACCCUCAAUCCUCUUGCUGUGGGAAGGGCCAGGUCACUCGGACAUUAUCAUCCCCACUGACGCAAGGCUGUGCCCUGCUCAUCUGGGGGUGCUUCCCCGCAGUUAAGGCUGAGCCCGCCUGCCCUGUGUGUCAGGCUGGCUGAGUUGCGGUCUCUUCCCAUCACUGGCAGCCUCCUGAAGAAAGCAGUGCCACGUGGGAGGACAGGGCCACGCCAGCAGCUCCCGGCCCUGCAGCAGAAACGCCAGGAUGCCCGUCGGCCACUCGCCUGAGCGUGGAGCCGUCAGCCCACCGUCACCACUUUUAUGGGAGAAUGUUGAUUUCAUGGGUGCAAGGGACAGGGGGACAGAUACUUUGCCGUGAUGGGCAGACAUCCUCUGUCCCCAUGGAGGGGUGACCACCAAGGUGGUGUUCAUGCCCCAGAACCUGUCUCGGGCUGAUGGGGGCGGCCCACAGGAAGGGGGUCAAUCCCAACAGGCAGCACUGCGCCCCCGCCUGCCGGGCUCUGCCUCCCCGCGCCCCCUUGUCCCCGCGUCCCCACAUCCCCACGCAGGGCUCUCCUUCCUCGUAGGAUUCCGUUCCGCUCUGCUCUGGGUGGAUUAGCAACCCAACGGCUGCUGUCAUAGGAAGUCCCUGUUGCUCUCUAUACCGGCAUUUCUAUUUCUAGAAACCUUUACGUAGCCUUAAUGGUCCUUAAAGAAGACAUUUCAGUGUGGAAUCCAACUUCAGUCGCUGAAACUGCUGCCUUUUGGGAAAGCACCAUCGGAUGCGCAGGAGCCGUCCUCACGCCCGCCCGCACGCACCACGCCGGGGAACGGGGCUGCGGCAGGGGAAGCCCAGGGCGGUUCCGAGGUGCUUGACAGUAGGUGUUUUUGGAAGCUCAAAUUUCACCAUUUGAUUGUAUAAUCUUUUACCUAGAAAAUAUUUAUUUGAACUAGAGGAUAAAUCAACGGUAAGAACAGUGAACGCAGUGGCUGGGAUGAACUAAGGCGACAAACACCACACCAAAGAUUAGGGUAGUGAGCAGCUGGCUUGAGCAGACAGAAUGCGGAGAACUCCACGCUGUCUCAAGGGGCCGUCCCGCCCCGAGGUCUGUGUGCGGCCGCCCUGGCUAGGCAGCCCUGCCCACGCCACCCCACAAACAAUGGUGUGUGCAUUUUUACAGCCCUUUUUAAGAGCCCAACAUGGGUAUAAAUGUAAUACCUGUAGGGAGACAGGUUCUCUGUAUGUUCAGUUAACAAAUUAUUUGUAAUGUAUUUUUUUAGAAAUCUUAAAAUUGCCUUUGCACUGAAGUAUUUUCAUAGCUGUUUAUAUCACUUUUAUUCAUUUAUUUAACAUAUGGUCUAAUUUUAAAACUAUGUUUUUAAAGCUUUCCUUUUUAAGUUUAUGAAAUUUUGGCCACUUUACAUUUAGAUUCUGGGGAGAGUAUUGACUGAAUGUUCUAAUCUCUGAUGAAUGUGAAUUUCCAGGUUUGAUUUUAGUCUCUACACACACCUCUUCCUUUCUUGGUAUUUCUGGUGGCGGUGAUUAGUUGAACAGCAUAUUUAAGGUACGAUAAUUUGCUGCGUUUUUUCUUUACAAUUCAUUGCAGGUUCAUCUGCUUUCUAUGUUUUGUUAAUUUCCAUCCUUCAGCCUUAAAAAUAGAAGAUUCUCACAUGAAGGGUUAGUAAGCUGGGGCCCAGUUCUGCUUGUCGAGAUAGUCACCACGUACCUCUGACAACAAGUCUUAGUGUGACAGUCACUAAACUUUUACACACUCCCAAACACCUUUUUAAAAACUGCUUGGGAAAUUAUUAAAUGAAUGUGCCUGAUAAUUUGAAAUAGACAAGCGGCACGAGACGAAAAAGGACGGGAAGACCCUCGGUGACUCCACGCGGUUUUCCACCUCACAGUAGUUAGUAUUUACUUGCCUUUAACUUUGAAGCAAGUAAUGUCAACUUUAAGCACUUUGUUUUUAAAAAUCUUACUCGCUGCUGCACAUGUUAAUAAAUUACCAACUUGUAACUCAGCAUGUUGGUCAGAUACACGGUUGCUGCUCCACACCCAGUCCCGGCCACACACCGUGUGUCUCAUAUACACACAGGCGGGCCCGCUGCACAUGAGUUCCCUUCGCUUUGGCUCCAUUUCACUCACAGCCAUGUACACAUGCAGGCUUGCACACAGGAACACAUGCAUACAUAUGCACAUGGACACACAGGCGUGCAAGCCCCUACAGGCAUGCAUGCACACAAAUGUGUACCGACAAGUGUGUGUGAGCUCCUGCAUGUAUACACACACGUACAGACACCACAAAAGCAUGUGUGACCUACACACAUAGGCAAUCCAUGCAUAGGUGUACACAUACCACAGGCGCAUGAAAGCUCCUACACACACAAUGCAUGCAUGCACACACACCACAAACAAGCUAAGUUCCUACACAUGGACGCGUGAGUACACACAUGCAUGUACAUUAAGCACAUGUACAAGCUCCUACGGGCUGCUCUCACACACCUAUGCACACCAGAAAUACGUAUGAGUUUUUAUACCUGUACACAUGCAUACACACACAUGUACAUUCACUACAAACACGUGUGCAAGCUCCCACACACAAGCACGUGUACACACACCACAGACAUGAGUUCCAAGGCAUGUAAACACACGUGUGUACACGUGAGCUCCUACACAUGUACAUGCACAUGCAUACAUCCCCAGACAUGCAGGCUCCUGCACUCAUGAAUACAUACAUGUAUGCACAUGCAUGUAUACGUACAUGCACACAUGUGCACACAUGAAUGCAUACACACAUGUGCCACAAACACAUGCACCCCCGCCUGGUGUCCCACACUGCAUUCUUCCUCCUUCCUGAGGGCCCUGUGAGGGGCCUCUGGCCAGGUGUGGGAAGAUGGGGCUCCCUGGACCCUACCCCAUGCCUCCAUGUGAUGAAGAGUCCUCCUCCUGGUAGAAUGUCUGGGUUUUGCAGAGCAGGCCCCAGGGGUGAAGCUGCAGCUUCACUUACACAGCUGCUCUGUGAGCAAUGCUUGGUGCCCUGGACAAGGCCCUUUCCCCUUCAGGGAGGUCCAGCCCCACAAGAUGAAACGUCCCCUCAGCUCAGCCCUAAACCAGGCGGCCACAGCAGGACUGCUGCACCAACGCCACACCUCAUCCCUGACACAUCAGGGAGCAUGGCCAGCCUGCCACAAGCCAGCUGGGCAGGGCCACAGCCUCUUCAAGCCCCAGUCAACCCAGCCUGUGUCUGAGCAGACACGGCGAACAAGCAGGCCACACAGCCUUGAGGGAGGAGGCCAGACAUGGCCAGCCUCUCCCACACGGUGACCAUUCGGCUUGCGGAGCGUUGAAACACAUGUUUAGACUUGCUGUUGUGACUCCACUGAAUUGAGCCUCGGCCCAGGGUCCAGUGCCAUAGCAGGAAACCUCCAGCCUCCUUCUUCAGACCACUCUGUUCAUGUGUUUUGCACUGACUCGUGUUGAAUAAUGCAACCACUUUUAUUUAAUCUUACUGUUAUUUAUUUGACAACUCGAUGUCUAACAGCUUGAUGUGCAGGUCCUUGCAUCCUACAUUUCUUUAGGAAGCUACCCAUUUGUAACUUUAAAAACAGGAAAAGUAUCAGUUGGCAAAUGCGAUGUUUUUUUUUUUUUAUUUUUAGCUAAAGGUGGGUGAACUUGAACGAAAAUGGUUCUCAUUUUGUGUCUAUAAGCAGCUUUGAUGGGGAUGUUAGAAGUGUCAUGAAAGUAUGAUUCUACUUUUGCAGAAAAAAAAUCUAAAGAUCAAUUUAUAUAGCUUUAUUUUUUACCUUAUCAAAGUAUACAGAAUUUAAUAUGCAUAUAUUGUGUCCGACUUAAAAUUAUAAUGUCUGCAUUACCAUUUAAAAUGUCUAUUCAUUAUGUAAUGUAAUAAAAGAAGGUGUUCAAAAAUGUAUUUAACAUGAAUGGUAUCCAUAGUUGUCAUCAUCAUAAAUACUGGAGUUUAUUUUUAAAUUAUUGAACGUAGUAGGUGCAUUUAACAUAAAUCAGCCUCCACACAGUAACAUUUAACUGUUAAUUCAUUAAUCUGCUUUGAAAAAUUAAAUUGUGACUUAAACCAAAUAUAACAUUUCUGUAAAGUUUAUUUUGUAUGCUCCUGUUUUUAACUUUUAUUUCUGUAGAUAAACUGACUUGAUAAUAUUAUAUUGGACUUUUCUCUAGAUUAUCUAAGCAGGAGACCUGAAUCUGCUUGCAAUAAAGAAUAAAAAUCUG